GUGGGAGUUGCAGAAAAAAAAGCUAGUGUCAUUGGGGAGAGAGAGAGAGAGAGAGAGAGAGAGAGAUAGAUAUGAUUAAUGGUAAAACUCUAGAUUUGAGCAAAUGUAAAGUUAAGGUAGAGAGGGACAAAGAACGCGUAUAGUAAUUACACAGAGAGAGAGAGAGAGAGAGAGAGAGAGAGAGAGAGAGGUUUUUUUACCAAAGUUAACGGAAGUAGCCGGACAAUGACGACGGGUAUAUUACACGACCAGAAUCUGGAGAAACAUAUCGAGAAGCAAAUGGGAUGCAUGGCUGGCUUCUUUCAGAUCUUCGAUCGCUACCACAUCCUCACCGGAAAACGGCUACACGCCAACAAACGCCUCCCUCCUCCCCCUCCGGUGAUUGAUUCGACGCCGGAACCGGAGUCACCUAUAUCGGACUGUUUAAAAGCAUCUCCGGCGGCGGAGCUUGGAUCUCCUGCACCGGAGAUCGUUACUACUCCGGCUGAGAAACAAACCAGAUCGCCGCUUCCACUUCCGGUUUUCCAAUUGAAGGAGGGAGCCAGAUCUUCGUGGAAGCUGUGCAAAGAAGCACCGAGAUUUUCUCUCGACAGCAGAGCAACUUUUGCAGGUGGUGACGACAUGCGUGGAUCUCCGAGUGUGGUCGCGAGGCUCAUGGGGCUGGAACCGUUGCCACGAUCAAGUCCUGAACCUGCGGAAAAUGCCGAGCUCCGAAGAUCUGCUUCUGAAUCGAGAUCGAGGGAUCCGUUACUGUAUCGGUUCAUCGACAACGACAAUUUCCAUCUAAAUCAACCGAACCCGUCGCGUCCUAGCAACGUUUCGCUAAACAAUGCGGUAGUGGAGAACCCCACCACCGCCUCAUUUGUCGUUAGAAAUGCAAAGUCUGAUCCCUCGAAUCCAAGAGGCGUCGGUGGAUCCUUAGGGGUCCACACUCGUGAGAGCACAUCUCGUGGUAUUCCGCUGCGUCCUCCGCACCCAACAGGAUCCCCGUGGAAAUCCUCUCAACAGAGAAAGAACUACUUUGCUCCCGAGGAUUCCUUCCCGGAGCCAAAACAAAUGGCGGCGUCAAUCUACGGCGAGAUUGAGAGGAGGCUGAAGACAAGAGGCAUCGACGAGCAGGCGAAGGAUCUCGAGGCGUUGAAGCAUAUCCUCGAGGCGCUUCAUCUCAAAGGACUUCUACAUUCUCAGAAGGCUACACAACACAUAAAUGAGAGGAGUUUCUCAUCACACCAAUCUCCAAUUGUCGUUAUGAAACCCUCUAGAUCACCAGUUUCGCCUGGAAAACGAAGAAUCGCUACCGAUUCACCUCCGACGGGUUACAGAACCGGAACCGGAGUCCGUCGGAGCCUCAAUUACGGCUGCGAAUGCUCGCCGGCGGCGAGCCCUCGGCGGGAAAGACCGGAGAAUGACCGGAAUGGUAGGGACCAAGUGAGGGCGAGAAAUUUGAGUUCGCCAACUCGCAGGGAGAUCAACGCGAAGAAUUCAAAUUCUCCGGCGAGGGGAAGAGCAUUGAGCGUAGAGACGCAGAGGAGAGCUUCCUCUCCUACUAAUUCCCCAAAGCUUAGCCCGAAGAGGAUCGGAUCAGAUCAAACGAUCACAAACAGAUCGCCGAGAAACAGAAAACCAACGGCUAAGAUUGAUCUGAAGGAGAAGAUCGGGGUUGUGAUUCCAGAGGAUGAAUCGUCCUCUGUUUCCGAAAGCAGUGUUAGUACGCCUUCCCAAGCUGAUACAGAGAGAUCGAAGAUGGAAGAAAGCAAGGGAGGGAGCAGUCUACUGGAGAGAUGCGAUAAGCUGCUCCGUAACAUCGGGGAGAUGGGUGCGACGGAGAUGCAACCGAGUCCGGUCUCGGUUCUGGACUCGUCGUUUUACAAGGACGAGUCGUUCUCUCCGUCGCCUGUCAUCAUGAAACGAAGAAGCAUGGAUUUUGUCAAAGAACUACCUGGAGAAUUUGAAGAAGAGAUUUGGAGCCCUGCUACCUCGCCAAUUCAAUCGACGCGCGAAGAUAAAUCAGACGACUCUGAUUUCAUAUACAUCUCGGAGAUCCUUCGAGCUUCCAAUUACCUCCCCGAUGAGUCCGAUUUAUUCCUAUUGCUAGAGAAGCAACAGUAUCUCAUAGGCAAUGAUACUUCAAAAGACACCAUGCUCCAAAGAAAGCUCAUAUUCGACACCAUUGCCGAAAUUCUCGACGCAAAAAACCAAUUGCCGCCGUGGAAAGUCAUAUCAUCUCCCAACUCCAUCACAGAAAAGCCUUCACUGCACCGAAUUUGGUCCGAGUUCCAAAGAAUCAGAGAACGUGACACCGCGGAGGACUUGUUCGACAUAAUCUGCGGCUUGUUGCGGAAGGACAUGGCCGGGGAUGCGAUCAACGGGUGGGGUGAUUCUCCGGUGGAGAUGUCGGAGGCGGCGUUGGACAUCGAACGGCUCAUAUUCAAGGAUCUGGUUGGCGAAACAAUACGUGAUUGGAGCAAUGUAGUCUCGGGGCCUCGUAGGACAUUAGUUUUCUGAAGCAGGGAAGGAGUUAGGGAGCCCUCUUGUUAUCGGUACGCGCUAGCUUUAUUUGUUACCCACUUGGAUUUUCAUUUUGGCCUUUCUAGUUUUUGGAAGUCUAGGAAAUCUGGUUUUUUUUUUUUGUCUCGAGGCUAGGGGUUUGGUUUACACCGAAAAACCAGGCAAAUCUAACUGGCCAAUUGCUAAUUACUAUAAUGUUGUAAAAAAAAAGGUGGGAUUGAAAAGCUCGUGGGAGUGCAUGUGUGAGCUUUGAAGCUUUAAUUAACCUUUUUUUUUCCCGCUAAUUAAGUUUUAGUGCACUAAUUUUCAGGCA